AGGCUACUUCUUGACAACCACGUCAUAACAGAGUAGGAUUACAAAACAGAAAAUUCAAUUAGUCGAGCCGACUCUUCCACAAACUGAAUCAUGAAGCUCAUGGUACUCUGCAGGUUCUUGCUGGCUCUAAUGGCAGUGAACCUUACUGCCGGCGAGACAGAACACCAUCUGAACUCCAUUUUCCUCUCCGGCGAGUACACCAACUACUGUCAGCUGGAAUGUGCUGGAGCUCAGCAGCACACACUGUGCGAAAGGCCAACCGUUCCAGCCCGCUCCCCCGAGCACUGCCCCAACUUCCAGCAACUCCUAGGCAACUCCGACCUCUGGACCACCAUCCUGGACGCGCACAAUGGCGUGCGGAAUCGGUUUGCGAUCCGCUCCCAGGUCACCAACAUGAAGAAGCUCGUCUGGGACGCUGAGAUGGCGCGGAUGGCCCGGCUCCACCUGGCCAGCUGCGAGCGCUACGAACCCGACCCUUGCACCCAGCUCCAGAACCCCUCCGUCUACAGCCGCGACUACCGCAACGUGCGCCAAAGCAAAGCGUUCGUGGUCGAGCGCUACCUGCCCAAGUACUACGCAUUUGACGUCCUGCGCAACUGGUACCUGCAGAAGGACGAAACGCCCGAUCCGAAGAUAACGGCCAGCCUGCAGAUGCAGUACGCGGUGCUGAACAACUUCACCCUGCUGACCUGGGCCAGCCUGGAGCGGGUCGGGUGUGCCGCGGCCAAGUAUCGCGACGGUUUCCAGCUCGUGUGCAACUACUUCCCGUUCUACUCGCUUGCCGAGCCGAGUGCCGAGCUGGGCCUGCCGGCACGGCGCUGCCCUCGUACCUUUCCCCUGCGCAGCAAAAUCUUCGAGGGGCUCUGUACGUUCGAGCUGGAUGGUGCGGUGAGCCGGCGGGUUUCCCGUCUGGUGGCGGCGAUGCUACCGCUGGUUUGGCUUUGGCAAACGAGGACGCUGCAGCAGCAGCAGUUGGAGCUGUUAUAGGGAGGAGUGUGUUUGAAUACUUACGGGUACCGGCAGGUGGUUCAAGUUGGCGUCUAGAGGAGCGAGAUCGUCGGUGAGGAACUGGAUCGGCAGCGUCAGCGCUUCGGCGGUCGCUCGCGUACCGGUGGUUGUCGCACGCAGGCAGCGAAACACGCCGAACAGCCCAAGGACCAGGGCGCAGAGCACGGAGAACGACACCAACCAGUAGAUGUAGCCUGCAGGUGAGAAAAGGGCAAAAAAGACGAUGUUUGAGUGAGUUGUAAUGAAGAAAUAGAUCAUUGUAAGAGAAGUUGGCCAAAGAAAA